AGUUAUCCCUAGACAAGAGAAAAUAAGAGGACUCCUCUGUUUAGACUUUAAAUUUUUCAUGGAUUGUUGUUUAUUGCAGUAAGAUUCAUAACCACCGCAUUUAUUUAUAUAAUACUCUCCAUAUACUGACAAAUGCUUGAGAGUACCACAAGCACCAAAUAGGUCCAUGGUCUUAAAAUCUCCAACUUAUUUUUGGUUUUUAUGUUUUCCUAAUUAUCAACCAAUCAAAGGAGGUUGUUAUGUAUUGACCAUCCACAGAGGGGUUUCAAUUUGGGUAAUAAUAUAGCCAUUUUAGCAAGGAAAUUAAUUUGUGAUUUGAUUCCUAAAAUUAUCCAAUUCUAAAGACAACAGUGAGUAAUGUCCCUCUUUGGGUACAGAAGUUUUUGUCCCUUAUUUAUUUGGACAAAAGACGUGGAAACAAAUAUAAUUUACUAAAAAGUAUUAAACGUACAACAAUAUUAUCUUCUUCUUCUUUUUUUAAUAAAUAAAAUAACAUAAAACUGUAAUUGCUUUUACAGAAGUAGGACAUCAAAUGAAAUAUUUUUGAAGCCCAUAGAGGUAAGUUUGAGUUCAUAUUCAUGCGAAUGCCAUGUGUAUUUAGAUAUGAAUUUUGAUCCAGACAAGUCUAAAAUGAAUCUAGUUUAUGUUUAAACAACACAAGAAACUAAGAAAGAUGAAACUUGGUGCCAAAGAAAGAUAUGACUAUAAAUCUUUAUCAUCGAGUAGACGAGGAAGGGUCUCUCUCACUCGUUAGCUAUAGUCCGUUUUCUUGCAGUGCCCAGAGACUAAUCCGGGAAUUCCGUCCCUCUAUUCCCGUCGCGACACCACCCGAUCCUCCUCCUUUUAUUCUCUUUCCCCUCGCAAACCCUAACACAAACUGCCACCGCCGACCACGGUCCCGAUCGAACUACACAGCCCACCGGUGCAAAACCCUGUCGACCCAAAACCUCCAUCACCGCCUACUGCAAACACCACGGUCCUGUAGAGAGAGAAACAGAGAGAUGGCAGUAGUUGAAAGAAUUCGUAAAGCAGAUGUUCGUGUAUUCGAGUGGGACGAAAGGAUUUUCAAAAACGAGGGUUCGGAAUCUGAAGGAAUGUUGAUGAUCCGUGUAUCGACGGAUGUUCUUGUUGGGGAAGUCAAGAUUGAUUUAAGAGUAAACAAGGAUAUUCUUCUUCCAUUCCGUCUCGACAACUUAUUUCCUCGAGAAUCCUUAGAAUCAAUGUUCGAUUUGCCCACCCAAUCCCAGAAUAUUUUCUUGCUAGACACUAAUGAUCGUAUUCUAUCUGCACAUUUAAUUAAGUACCUUGUAAGUAAUUUUCAGUUUACCACCACAGUAAACUCGUUUCCUUCCAGAAAGUCCAAAAUUGUUGUCGUUGUUGAUAUUUUUGCGGAGAGUACUUCUGUUUUCAAAACCACUUCUUCCCAAGAUUUUCGUAAUGAAGAAGAAGAAGAAGAAGAAGAAGAAUAUGGCAACGUUGAAGAUGAAGAACAAGACAUGGUUUCCUCAACUGAAAAUGAAGAAGAUGAUGAGGACAUGAACUAUGAUUCAACGGAUUUAAAUGUUGAAGAAGAACAUGAAGUUGACUGUGUUGAUGAUUUAGUAGGACAAGAAUUUGAGGACGAGGAGGAGGACUUAAUGGAUUAUAACAAUAAUGCUUCAGACAUGGUUGAUGAGGAGAGUCACUAUGCGGAGGUACCAAGGAAUGAUCAUUUGGAAAUUCUAAGCACAUUAAGAGACGAUGAAUCAAUUCCUAGGGACGAGCCAAUAUUUCUUUUCAAAGAAAUUGAGACCGCAGUGAAAGUCAACAGAUUGAAUGAAUAUCAUACCUCACUAUCAGUAGAUAAUUGUUCAAUUUGUCUGCAAAGGUUCUUAACAGGGACAGAAAUCGCAACCACGCCCUGUUCACAUAUAUUUCAUCAUGAUUGUUUGCGCACUUGGUUGCCAAAAAACAAUUCUUGUCCAAUGUGCCGAUCACUUUGCGCUACCAUUGUUCAUGUAUAGUUCACGUACCUUGUUUUGAUAUUAACUAUUUUUGUUAUUCAAUGUAUUGACAAUUCUUUAAAUUUAGUGAUGGAUUCGUAUCUUUUGUGUGCCAGUUUUAGGUCAUUUUUUAUUUUCUUGAAUUUUGGGUGUGAACAUAUAUGUUAUCUUUUAUGUGUAUCAAAUUUAAGACGGUAAUAUAUAUAAUUCAUGAGUGUCUCUUGCUCUUAUUAUGUAUUUUUUAAAAGUGAAGCAAUAAAGUAAGUAAUAAGUAGAUGUCCCAAAGUCUGUUCAUUAAACAAUUGUACAUGGCAAAACAUGAUUUUUUACUGUUACAUUUGCGGCAUAGAUUACAUAAACCGUAAAUUGCUUAACUAAACUUGCUUUAAUUUUGGUUGUUUAAUCUUUCUCUACCUUUUUUUUGUUUUUUUGGCCUCGAAAAAGACCCAAAUAUGGAAACCCUGUUUUGGGUAGCAAGUAUUUGAUGUUUGUGUCUGAAAGAAAGUUUGUGUUCGAGGUGUUAGAAGUGAAGCCUGUUUUUGAUGUCAGUGUAGUAUAUGUAUCUCAGAGCCAACAAUGUAAAUGUCUCCAUUCAUGAUGGCGGUACCCUUGUGCUGAUGGGCGCCAAUCGUUCGGGCAAAAGUACUUUCUUGUGCAUGCUAGCUGGAUUCUCUUGACCCUCAGCUGGUAAGAUCCUCUGGAACGGUCACCAUAUAACUGAAUCAGGGGUUUUCCACCAGUACAAGCUCCACCACAACUGGCUCUCCCUAAAGGAUGCGAUCAAAGACAAGUUCACAUUUCCAUACCUUGCAAAACAUUUCCAUACCCAAGAUGCCCUGUCUGCACAACUUGAAAAGUAACGAGUUACCCACGUCAAAUAUCCAAGCAUUUUUUGCCAAAAGAGCUAGAUUAAGGGCUUCAACAUUUCUGAAACUUAAACCACCCUCUUCCUUUGGCUCACACAGUUUAUCCCAAGAAAUCUAUUUUGUUUUGUCAUUCCACUAAAAGUUCAUAAUCUUGCUUCUCAAAAGAUUGCAGAAACUCUUAAAGCACCGCACAGAGAAAUUCCAAAGUGUGCAGAGAGGACUGACGUCACCAAAAUUCAAAAGAGUUUAUAAGGUGUACACUAGUGGGCUGAAAUUUUCUGAUUUUGUUCCCAACAGAAAUACUGCUGCAGUUUGAAGCAUUCCUUGCCGUUGCUCUUAUUGAUUGAUGCACAUCCACACGUUGUCUUGUUUGGUCUAGCUAUCCUCUUGGUGAUUUCACUGCAUUCUGGUUUAGCUUCUGCAAAUAGUAAGUCAUCUUCCACUUCUAUUUUGUCAUCAUCUUUUUGACUUGAAGUGGAUAAAUGUUUGUGACAGAAAUUUAUCUGAUUCGCAUGAUUACAGUGAAAGGAGUUUGCAGUCCCACUUUGUUGUGUUACUAAAUUAGAAAAGUUUCUAUUCACUCCUUAUUUAGCAAUUUAGGUGAAAAUGUAUUGGGAAACAUACAUUGUCUUGUACACUGGUAAAAACUCUCAGACCAACAAGUCUCUGGUUCAAAACACUUCAAGUCUUAGAGGAGCCACUUUGUGUAAAAUAACACUGGGCAAUAUA